AAUGUUCCCAACUCAACACAUCCACAUCCUUACCUUGCAACUAAUUGCUGUGUCGACUGUGAUGCUUUCAUUUUUGCUGAAAGCUGAAAGAAAAUACCUCACCUGCCUGCCUGCCUCUACCCUGCUUUCAUUUCUUCCGAUAUAUCCACCACCAUUUUUUAUCUAUCUGUCUCUCCUUUUCUUUAUUAUAUAUAAAUGACUAAAUAUUGUCCAGAGGUAGUAGCUUAAUGUGUGAAAAGGGUACUAAUAACUUGAACUCAAAAUUCUCCAUGGGCCUCAAGUCUAGCUUCACCUCCUUCUUUCUCCUGUAUCUCCUCCUUGCCUUGCCUUGCAUUUCAAGAGGUACAGAGGGGUCUCAAGUAGCAGAUUCGGAUAUUUAUGAGAUCGACUAUAGAGGACCUGAAACUCACUCUUCAGCUAUGCCACCUCCUGGUCGUUCUCAUGGCAGACCUUUUAUCAAUCGACAAAACGCUAUGUCGUCUCAAAAGUCCAAACCAUCGUCUAGAGGCGAUGGAGAAAAUGAUAAGAAAAUCCAUGGAUGAAUGAGUUUUGGAGAAUGAUGAUGCAUUAAUUAGUUUUGUUUCAAGUCCUCAUAGUUUAAUUGCAGAUUCCUCUUAAUUACAGGUAUUACAUAUUAAUUAGCAGAAGGAAAUCAAUAUCGAUAGAUGGCAUAUAAUAAUCUAUAUAUAUUUUUAGAUUUUGUUUAAGAUCUGUGGUGUACUUUUGUAUUUGGAGUCUUGUGUAAUUGUAAUUAUGGUUAAAUUACAUAUUAUCAAACUGAAUUAAGAGU